AUGUGGGCCUCAUUAUCUACAGCCUCGAUGGCUAUUCUUGUUCUUGCAGAUGCGGCAACUGCACGUCUCCCAAGGCGCGAAGCUCCUGUCGAUGCUGAAGCUGAGACUGGAUCUCCUGAGCCAAUUAUACCCACCAUUACUGUCACUCACACAAAUAUUGAAUACUGGCCUCCAACUACACUCCCAGUUACAGUCACGAAUACAAAUGUCAAAUUUAUCACUCCAACUGCACUUUCUAAUUCCACUGCACACAACUCUACUGGAACCCUCGUAGCUGGCAAAGGCCACAGGGGCAAGGGCAAGGGCAAGUCGAGCGCCACUACUUUAACCCCAGCAAACAGUAAGGCCUACAGUCCGGUUGCAACAUUCGCUCCAUCUCUGACAAGCGCUUCAGCAGCAAAGAGUUCUCAACCAAGCUCAUCAUCUGCUGUAGCAUCUCCAAAAGUAUUAGCAAACACAUCCAGCAUCCCCUUCCUCCGAGGCGUUAACCUUGGAGGCUGGUUCAUCCUUGAAAAAUGGAUGAACAGCGAUGUAUUCACAGGGGCAUUUUCUGAGGCAACCGAUCAAUUCACAUUCGACGCGAUCCCAGGUGCCGAAGACGCCUUGGAGAAGCACUGGUCGACAUACUUCACUGAAUCAGACAUCCAAGACCUAGCCGCAACAGGAAUCAACGCCCUGCGCAUCCCGAUUGGCUACUGGGCCUUCGACAAUAGCAACAGUCAUUACAUCAAAGGCGCAGACGUCUAUCUGGAGAAAGCCAUCGAUUGGGCACGUAACGCUGGCAUGAAAGUCUGGGUUGACUGCCACGGCUCCCCAGGUUCUCAAAACGGCCACGAUCACUCGGGGAAAAUAGGAUCUGUAGACUGGCAAGAGGAUGCCAACCGGAAGCAAUCAAUCUCCGUCCUUGAAACCAUGGCCAGCAAAUACGGCAGCGCAGAAUACGCCGACGUCGUCGUUGGUCUGGAAUUAACCAACGAGCCUCUGGCGGAUUCAACACAUUCCCUCAGCGAAAUCCAGGAAUGGACCGAAGAAGCAUACGCCGCUGUGAAAGCAGCAAGCAGCAACCCAAACAUGGUGAUUACCAUCCACGACGCGUUCCAGGGCCCCGAGAAAUGGGCAGAUGUAGUGCAGAAUCUCGGUCCUGGGAGCUUCGGCAUCGACACGCAUAUGUACCAGCUCUUCAGCGAUGAGGACAACCUCCUCACCCAACCACAGCACAUCACCAAAGCAUGUGGCUGGGCGUCCAGCCUCGCGACCUCUAACGCCAUCACCCCCACAUAUACAGGCGAAUGGUCCGGCAUCACGAACGUCUGCCUCAACCCAGACGGAUCCACCAUCGCAGGCCACACCUGCUGGGAAAGCGGAUGUAGAUGCCUAUCUGACCCCUAUGAAACCUGGAGCGACGACAUGAUUGCGCUUAUGCGACGAUAUGUCGAGGCGCAGCUCGAUGUCUUUGAGCAGAGCACCAGCGGGUAUUUCGUCUGGAGCGCGAAGGGGCCUGGGAGUUGGAGUUUCCUAGAAGGCGUGAAGAAAGGCACGUUCCCUAAUCCCGUUACGGCGAGGAAAUUCCCUGGACAGUGUGGUGGGAACCAAAGGAGGGCCACGAGGGGGUCUCUGGGACGUGAGCCGGAGGCGUUUUAG